UUGCUGGUAACCUGACACCACCAACCCUCACAACACCGGCGCUGAUGCUUUACGACAUAUCUCCGCGACGAGCUAAGUGGCUAGCUGACUGACGGCUACGAUUAGACGAAGGAGCGGAGCUUAACGUCAACUAUCCGUUACCGGGCAAAUCCGCGCCUGACACACAGAGACAGCUGGGUCUCUCCCUCCCACAGUGACCACAGAGAGGUCUGAGCCUCCGUCACCAUGACAGACAACAAGCGUCUCGCCUUCUCCAUCAUCCAGUUCCUCCAUGACCAGCUCCACUCAGGGAAUCUGACCUCGGGCGCCCAGGAGAGUCUGGAAGUUGCUGUUCAGUGUUUGGAGACGGCGUUUGAAGUUUCGACUGACGACCAGAGCCUCGCCGUGCCCAUGACGUUACCGGAGAUCUUCGCCUCAGCCACGGCCAAGCAUCCAGUUGAGUCGCAGGUCAACAACAACGCCACCCAAAACUCCCUCACUGAGGACCAGAGAGCCGAGGCAGAGGCGCUCAAAACUGACGGAAACGACCAAAUGAAGGUGGAGAACUUCUCUGCUGCUGUUGAGUUUUACUCAAAGGCCAUCGCCAUCAACCCCCAGAACGCCGUGUAUUACUGCAACAGGGCUGCGGCGUACAGUAAACUGGGGAACUACGCUGGAGCGGUGCAGGACUGUGAACGGGCCAUCAACAUCGACCCAAACUACAGCAAAGCCUACGGGAGGAUGGGUUUGGCGCUGGCCAGCCUCAACAAACACACAGAAGCAGCCAGCUACUAUAAGAAAGCUCUGGAGCUCGACCCCGACAACGACACCUACAAAGCCAACCUGAAGAUCGCAGAGGAGAAGAUGGAAACGUCCAGUCCGACAGCAGGGAUGGGAGGAGUAGAUCUGGCCGGUCUGCUCAGUAACCCCGGCUUCAUGAACAUGGCGUCGUCUCUGAUGAACAACCCUCAGGUUCAGCAGCUGAUGUCGGGGAUGAUGUCAGGAGCAUACGGCGGGGUGGGAGGAGGAGCAGCAGGAGGAGGAGGAGCAGGACUAGGAGCGGGACUGGGAGGACUCGGAGGACUAGGAGCAGGACUAGGAGGAGGAAGUGCGGCGGCCCCUGGAGCUGCUGGACCUGCUGCAGCUGCUGGACCUGCUGCAACCGGAGAUUUAUCAGGACUCAUCCAGGCAGGUCAGCAGUUCGCUCAGCAGAUGCAGCAGCAGAACCCCGAACUCAUCGAACAGCUGAGGAGUCAAAUCCGCAACCGAACGCCCAGCGCUGGAAACGAGGAGCAGCCAUGACACUCAGGUUGGAGGAGAAGAGCUCAUCAUUUGGAUCAUUUAUAACUCGAAGGACUAAAAGGAAGUUGUUUUUUUUGUUUUGUUUCACUGAGUAAAACCUGCACGAGAGAACGAGAGGCCUCCCGCUUCCUUCAGGAGCCCCGUCACCGAAAAAAACAACACCCACUUCCUGCGGUUCUGUGCGUUUUUUUUAGGAAGAACAUUUCGACUUAAAUAUCAAACCCAGAUUAUUAAUUCUAAUAAACGCGCUCUAAUAGGAACAGGGAUCCCAGAUGUUAAACGUGAAGCUUGAAAUUUCUUCUUAAAACUACACAGUGUACCUUUAAAUGCAAAGUUGUGUCCAGUACCUUGUUUAUGACGAGUGUGUGAGCGAGUGAAAGAGUGUGUGAGUGCAUGUUGGGGGUAAAUUAGUGUGCGUGGCGGGGUGAACUCCUCGGUCAGGAGGCGACAGAGUCUGGGAAUUAAAAAAAAGCAUCUCAACAUUUUA